AUGGCCUCCGGAGGGGGCCUCGAAGCCAUUUUACGUAAUAAUUGGAGGUCCCUGGGGUGCAAAGGACAGACAUUUGAACGAGAUAUAUUGGCAGCUUUCGGAUUGCUGUCUGAAGAGCUGCAGAAGUUGUUCCCUCCACCCGAGAAAGCUCAAGGCCACGCCGAGCGCGUCGCUUCCCUCACUGCCAUUCUCGACAAGGUAGGACAAGUCAUCGUCGGGGUUCUAGUCCAGCAUGGAGUCGAUGAAGAUGAAACGCGGGAAAAGUGGGUGCAGUUCGAGUCUGUUGUCCUCGACGUAUUCGUCUUGAUGGGAGACCUGGCGGAACAGCAUCCUAUUAUCUCCUCCAUGAUUCUCUCUGUCGUGAUGUACGAGAUCGCUGGUAUCCCACAGGGGGCUGGAGCUCUGUUCGCGCGCAGCCUGCUCCAUUUGUUCGGGUUGGGCCCUGCCGGUCCCACAAAAAACAGUCUUGCUGCUUGGGCUCAAAGUCUCUUUUUCGGACCCGCUAUUUCGAAGGGCAGUUGGUUUGCAAAGUUGCAGAAGAUCAGCAUGACUCCGGCAAAACUCUGAAUCGCGCAUAUAUUGGAACUUAAAGCUUUCUGUAAUCUCUUUGUCGAGCUCGCACGUCCGCCUCCGGGUACAUCAAACCAAGAUUGAGAACAUCACGUGACCGCGUCAUCGAAUCUCUAUCGCUCGACUUUUCUCUCUAUCAGUCAAGGCCUACGGUAAAAUCCAUUGAAGGUCUCCUCAAUUGGAUUUAUGUUUCAGAUGACCGGGAUUUAGAGUACUCACGACCAUCCUUGUCCGAGAUCUUAGAUUAUUCCACCGAUUCCACAUUCUCAUUGGGACGGGAA